UAUGGCGGCGAAUUUGGCUGACCCACUGAGCUGAAAUUGAUUUUUCAUCCAGCAUUUCGCCGCAUAAGACAGGAAUAAUGUGUUCUAAUUCAGAGUUGAUGGAUAUUGUGGGUAAUGUAUGUUCCACAUCAUCGGGUUCAAGCGAUAAUAGUCCCGAAAGGCCACGCUCUGAUUCGCCACCAAUACAAAUCAUGUCCUGCGCCAGCAAGUGGACAAAGAUGAUGGCCGAAAAUAUAUUGGGUAUAUCUUUUAAAGCCGUUGUUGACGAGGUGCCUCAAGUGGGCAGAGUGGGGGGUGAUGGAGAUGAUGAUGAUGAUAAAGGAAUCAAAAGCGUUGGAGAUGAUGACUAUGACAGGUCACGAUUUGGGUAUUGGCAAGUGUUUAAAUGGGCAUUUGCUGACCAUGUCUUUGAGGCAGAUUCUUUGGCCCACCUGGAUUCCACCAUAAGUGUUUUUGAAAGGCUAAAACAUUACCUAUAUGCUACUGAGAAAGAGACUUGUGAUCUUUUACUCGAAACAUGGAACCAAAAGCUGUGCAAGGCUAAAACAUCUGAUUUGAAGGGUACCUGUACCGGCAGUGCCAGUGGUGCUGGUACCGAAAGUCGCUUGAAUGACAAUGUGCCUGAUGUGGCUGGCCUGCCCCUGACAUCCCCUUUACUGGAAGAUCAGCCUGUGGAGAUUACGAAGAACACAGGAGAUUUAAAUGUAAAGGAAAAGAUGAUUUUGUAUCAAGUUGGACGGGAUGUGCAACGAAAAGACAAAGCUGUUUUAAACGCAAGAGGGCGAGACAAUUGUGAAAAGGAAAAGUUUGAACGAUUAGGGAAAAUAUCGAAAUACUUGAAUAGCCUCUACAGACUGAUUGACCUUACUUCUGAGGGGAAUCAUCCAAGUAAAAGGUCCUUUGAGAGUCUCUUUAUAGAGUAUGCUGCAAUUUUUGAUGUAGUCUUUCGGUAUGGAGACGUUCCUGUUCGAUCUAUGACAGUCUUUGGACAAAGGGUCACCUCUAUUCCUCACCUCCAUUUUGAUAAGGAAUUUGAUGAACAAUGGAUGAUUGUCACAUGUGGUGAGGUGAAAAAGGUGGCAAAAGUGAAGUCGUUUCAAGAAAGUGAUCGUCAGCUUCGCAGUCAUGAUGGACAUGGUGAUGUGGAGAAUACGCCUGACUGUAAUGAUGAUGUUGACUUAUCAGAUGCUCUCCUUGGCCAACAUGCUGUUGAACUUCUUCUGGAGCUUCCCUUUUCUGCUAUGAAAGUAUGUGGGAAAAAAGACAGAAACUGUGUCUUGGGACUGAUAGUCCAGGAUACAAAGGUUCGUUUGACAUGUCUGGCGAUGAAACAAGAAGGGAUUGAUCACCUCCAGCAAUGUUCCUUGAGUGACUUCACUUAUUCCAAGCCCAAGAAGAGGAGAGGCACAUUCUAUUUCACCCAGGCAUAUGAUAUGCUGAACAAAGAUGAUUUCAAACACAUUGCAUGUAUUUUGUUGACAUUAGGACAUGUAGCAAAUAUGGAUUACCCUUGAGCUACAUAUCAUUUGAUUGUUAUCUAUGCCUAUGGCACGCCAAAGCGGAAUUAAUUCAAGACUGUCUUGAAUACAUGCAACAUUUUUGAACGCUGUAAAAACUCUUAUUUAGCCAGCAUUGGUGCGUCGGUGAGCACAACGGCCCUGGCCAUUUCAUUAAGUAUCAGUGAAGCUUCCCCCAAAAGUGAAAUUGAAGUUUUCAACAGGCUAGAACAUGAUUGGACCAAGGCCUUUAUAUUCCCCCAAGAGUCAGACACCGUUUUUAGCUCACCUGUAAGGUGAGCUAAUACGAUACCGUGGCGUCUGGCGUCCGUCGUCGUUAACUUUUGACAAAAUCGUAAGUUCAUACUUGGUGUGUGGGUACCCCUAGGCAAGACCUCCUUCAGAAUGAAAAUCGGCGCAAUUUGACUGCUAGUCUGCCAUAUAGGGGAUGCUCUUUGAAAACCUAUUUUUGUCAUUUUGAAGCUUAUGGUUAAAGCUAGAGCGAUGAAAAUUUUAUGGUGGGUGUAUCUAAUAAAGGUACAUCACAUAUCACACGGGUUUUUGAUUUGACCUUCAUUUCAAGGUCACAGAGGUCGAACUCUAAAAUUUCUUUGAUCAUGGCACGUUUUUUUGUCAUAGACUCUGUAAAUUUGAUAUGUAGACACCUAUUGGGCAUCUCUACAUGUUGACACAGAUUUAGGUCAGUGUGACCUACUAUUCAGGUAUAAGUAGGUCAAGGUUAAAAAAGCCCAUUUUCUUUAUUCCAGCAGAUUGAAGUUUGAAAUGAAUUUUUAGAGGUCGGCCUGAUAUAGAGGUUUCGAUAUUAAAUAGAUUAAUUUAUUUUCAUAUCACUAGGUGGCGGUAUUGUGCAAAAAUGUCAGUUGACACAUUGCCAGCAGUUUUGAAUUUCGCGGUUCGAGGCAAUCCGUCGGGGUAUCCCAGAUGCGCAGUGUUGUACUGCGCCACUAGAUCUGCAUACAACAAGUAUGGAAGACAGCCAUUUUUUGAAUUUGAAGCGAGACGAAGAAGGAAUUAAAUCGCCUUGAAUCAAUGCUAAAACUUAAUCAUCCACUCUUCGGAUGAGGUCGUAUGUGUUGAUUACAUUCUUGUGAUUGGUUUGAGAUGAUUAGUUUGUCCUCAUUGCCGGUUGUUUUAGAAAAUUUUGACUGUGAUUGGAAGGUAAAAUGAGAAACUUGUCACACUGUUCUUCGCCUUGGAAUGGGGAAAGUCAAUGCAGAGCCAGUUGGUACAAGCUGCCUUGCGAAUCGGGGUGGCGUAAUAAUACUGUGAAAGAACAAUAAAAUAAUAACAUGAUGAAUUGUAGCAGUGUGUGUCAGAAAUUAUGUGAUUUCCAUUGCAUUUGACGAUCCCAAAGUUUCGAGAGUAUGGCAAAAUGGCAGCUGCCGUCAUUCAUUGGAGAUUAGCGUCAAGCCGGAACCUUUCGUUACAAUGUGGGCUUUUAAACACAAGUUAAUGGUUUAUAAUCACCCAGACGCUACUCAUUAGGUAAACCUCUACUAAAAACACUUGCUUUAAUUUUUGUAAACAUGUCACGAGUGCUUAAAAAGAACCAUUUUUGUGAUCGUUUUUCGUCGCUGUAGAAAUGUACACAGUCAGAGUCAGUCAGUGUGUCAACACAACAACGGUGUUAGUAUACACAUGAAUCCAUGAUACACUGAGACACGAAUGUAAACAUUUGACUGUUGGGUCGGAAGGAGUUCACCGUUACCGAUCACUGCCCCAAGAAAGGUCAUCUGAGCUGGUUGACUAAAGUAGAUGAUGAUAAUGAUGAAAAUGUAGCACUGCUGUCAUCAGUGCUUUUAUAGUUAGGCCUAU